AGCUCAAAGCAGAAUUUUAUUAGUGAGGGUCUGGCUCGCAAGCGGCGAUGCAUGUGUCGGCAGUUCCGGGGGGAUUCCCCCAAUCCCGCGUUGGCCAGCCAAUGAUGCCUCAGCAGAUGCAACACAUGGCACAAGGCCCCUACGGUGGCAUGCCAGGCAUGCCAGGCAUGCCGCCCGCGUACCAGCCGCAGGCGGUCUCGCCCACGCAGCUGGGCCACGCGCGGCCAGGGCAGGGCAGCUUCCAGCUGCAGCAGCGGAGCCCGGCGUCCAGUCUAGGCAACUUUGAAGCGUUGUCUCCCAUGUCUGGGCAGAGCUUGCCGGCAAGGCAAGCGCUGGGAGGCGUCCCAGCAACAGCAGGAGCAGCAACAGCAGCGAGCCCCAAUCGAGAGCAGGCACUUCAGAAGCGCGUUGCGGAGCUGGAGGAUAUCUUGAAAAGCAAAGACCAGGAGAUCAAGGAGCUGCAGAGUGCGCUGAAGCAGGCCGGGAUCAAGAUUCCCGCCAAGAAGGCCCAGGCCAGACCGCGGGACAAGGUGAUGGGGAGCGGAGGCUUUCGGAAAGUCUCGCAGUCCCAGCCAACCCAACCCUAUGAAGCGGUGGACCAGGAGGAUCCAAUUGACCUUCGACUGGAGGAGUUCUACAAUGGGACUGGUUCAGCGAUUCCGUUUCAAAGGAUCAAUCGCGGGUUUUACCGAUUUGGGGAGACCAUUCUGGAGCUCAACAUCAUCAAUCAUAAGCUGAUGGCACGAACGGAGGAUGGUUGGAAUCGCAGUAAAUUCGGACCCAUUGAGAAAUUCAUCAUGUACUACGAAAACAUCGAGAGAGAGAAAGCGGGAAUCCCACUAGAGUCCUGAGUGAGGCUGCAUAUUUGCUGUCAGAAACAGACAUGUCUGUCGUUAACAGGUGAUGGAGUGGUUGCAGCCUUUGCCGUGCAGGUCUUCUCUAUCGGCGUCUUCGGACCUGUGAUAUAUUUGACAUUACAAGCGCUGGUUUGGCAGGGGUCAUUCUGCGCACACAAGCCUCGGCAAGAGUCAAGACUCGGAUCUCGGAUUUUGGCUGAAGGGCUUUGUGCACAACGUGGCCGGAAGGUUCCACCAGAGAAGCCCGCCUGCCAGUUCUUUUCACAAAGCCACCUCAGCCAGCUCCUAACCUAUGCGUUUGCUAC